ACUCGGGUUUCACUGAAACGGGUCCCGCCCUAGGCAAGCUCAGUGAGGCUCCGGUUACGGGUAGGGGACCCGGUGCUCCGAGCGGGACUCGGAGUUUCGAACUGCUGGUGGCGGAUUCUCCGCCCGCCCCACGUCCGGGGAUGCGAAGUCUCAGCCUGGCGUGGCUGCUGGGAGGCGUCAUCCUUUUGGCGGCCUCGGUCUCUUGCAACCGGACCUACCAAGGACCCAGCAGUAAAGGAAGAAGUCUUAUUGGCAGAUUGGACACCCCUCCUCCAGUCUCUGCGAAAGGGGUUACAGUAGAACCAGGCUUUUCCAUUGAUGAAUUUUCUACAUCUGUCCUCACUGGGAAGCUUACCACUGUCUUUCUUCCAGUCAUCUACACUAUCGUCUUUGUGAUCGGUUUGCCCAGUAAUGGCAUGGCCCUCUGGGUCUUCCUUUUCCGAACGAAGAAAAAGCACCCUGCUGUGAUCUACAUGGCCAAUCUGGCCUUGGCAGACCUCCUGUCUGUCAUCUGGUUCCCCCUGAAGAUCGCCUACCAUCUCCAUGGCAACAACUGGAUCUAUGGGGAUGCACUUUGCAAGGUGCUUAUUGGCUUUUUCUAUGGCAACAUGUACUGCUCCAUCCUCUUCAUGACCUGCCUCAGCGUGCAGAGGUACUGGGUGAUCGUGAACCCCAUGGGACACCCCAGGAAGAAGGCAAACAUCGCCAUUGGUGUCUCCCUGGCAAUCUGGCUCCUGAUUUUUCUGGUCACCAUCCCUUUGUACGUCGUGAAGCAGACGGUCUACAUCCCAGCCCUGAACAUCACCACCUGUCAUGACGUGCUGCCCGAAGAGGUGUUGGUGGGGGACAUGUUCAACUACUUCCUCUCCCUGGCCAUCGGAGUCUUUGUGUUCCCGGCCUUACUCACUGCGUCUGCCUACGUGCUCAUGAUCAGAACACUGCGUUCUUCAGCCAUGGAUGAACACUCGGAGAAGAAAAGGCGGCGGGCUAUCAGACUCAUCGUCACCGUGCUGGCCAUGUACUUCAUCUGCUUCACUCCCAGCAACCUUCUGCUUGUGGUGCAUUAUUUCCUGAUUAGAACCCAGAGCCAGAGCCACGUCUAUGCCCUCUACCUUGUCGCCCUCUGCCUGUCGACCCUCAACAGCUGCAUCGACCCCUUCGUCUAUUACUUUGUUUCGCAGGAUUUCAGGGACCACGCCAAAAACGCACUCCUCUGUCGAAGUGUCCGCACUGUGAAUCGCAUGCACGUAUCCCUCACCUCCAAGUUCUCCAGGAAAUCCAGCUCUUACUCUUCAAGUUCAACUAGUGUUAAAACCUCCUACUGAACUGUACCCGAGGCUCUCAAGCCUGUGUAAUGGCGUGUGUGUGGGUGUGUGUGUGUGUGUGUUGGGGAUGCGACAACAUGCGUGGGGCUGUCAUUUCCUAACCACGCUGAUAGUCUCAAGCACAGAUCACAAGCAUGCAGCUCUCCCAGGAUUGCUAGAAGCCUCUGUGUUUGCAUGAGAAAAGUCCUCUAUUCUAAUUACAAUGGACCUCAGUGGCAGAAUUCUGCUCCUCUACCCUGCUGUCCCGGAAACUGGACUGAGAGAAACAUGUUUCAUGGAAGUGAUGAGAAGACAGAAAUCCAGUGACUUGCAAGAAAGUACGCCUGGUGAGAAGGCUUAAGUUCCUAGCUGAAACGAUUUCUUCUAUGUCUGGGGUCCAUCGCAGCUUUGUCAGGACUGGAGGCCCUUGGAGAGCCUCAGUCCUGUUGAUUGACGUUACAGACUUAGAAGAAGAGGGGACUGUGGAUGAAGUUCCUAGCCAGAAUUCUAAGCAGGUAACAGAGGGCUUGCACUGGACAAGAGAAUCCAAAUGACCAUUUCAUCAGAACUAUUGAGGACCUUGUUCAAUGCAAAGGUCCCUUAGCUUCCGUGAUGGGAACGCUGCUCUCCAAACCUCAGUGCUGUCUGCAUACGCAGAGCCAUGGAGCUGAACUCUGCUUCUGCUUGCCAGCGCACCGCAGCAAUGUUGGAAAAGAAAAACCAACCGCAAUGUGCGGGGCCUCUUCAUAGUCAGCUUAUAGUGAAAUUUACCUGCUAGUUUAUUAGGAUUUCCUUGGUUACACUUUGUAGCUUUGUCUGUUAGUCAAGA